UUCAACAUUUCCGGGGCAACGUUGCAUUGUCUACUCAAACUGCCGAGAAGUCUCAAACCCCCGUACCACGGGCUGGGCAAUAAACUGGACGAAGUCCGAGCCGAGCUGUCCAUCGCCGAAAUACUCAUCAUCGAUGAGAUUUCCAUGGUGUCGAAAGACCUCUUCGCCUACGUGAAUGCCAGGUUGAAACAAAUCAAAGGAAUUAAUUUACCUUUCGGUGGCAUGUCUGUUCUUGCUGUUGGAGAUUUCUUUCAGCUCCCUCCCGUGAGACAGUCCAAACCUCUGUGCGUGUACGAUCCUACGCGGCUGGACCACUGGCGUGACGACUUCAAAAAGAUCACGCUCACCGCCAUCAUGAGGCAGAAAGACGAUGUCGCCUUUGCCGAACUGCUGAACCGACUCCGCGUCAAAGAAAAGUCAGAUGAACUGUCGGAAAUGGACAGAGCUCUCCUUGCCACGAGGUGGAUGGCCAUAACUCUGCGAUGCUGGAACUGCUUCAUAAGGACAUUGUGCAGAUUGACGCGGAUGACUACAAGAAAGACAAAGGAACUGGCAGAAUGGCAAGACUGGAGGAGAAGCUGAACAAGGCUGGAGUGACGCGCCGACAGUUUCCCAUCAAGCUUGCUUUUGCCUGCACGAUCCACAAGGUACAAGGCAUGACAACGUCACAGGCUGCAGUUUCGCUGAAAGGUGUUUUCGAACACGGCAUGGGGUACGUAGCUCUGAGUAGAGUGACUUCGCUCAGUGGUCUGCAUAUUCUGCAUAUGGAUGAGAGAAGGCUUCAUGCAAAUCCACAAAUCACUGCUGCUCUUGCUGAGAUGGCAGAGGAUUCUUUGGAGAGCGUCAUGCCCCUCCUUCACGUGAUGCCGUCGGUAGAUCGGGCAAAUCACCUGGUUGUCGUCCAUCAUAACACCGAAGGGCUGUCUUGUCACGUGCAAGAUAUCGUGUCUCAUCACGAACUGCUUUUCGCUGAUGUUUUGUGCUUCACAGAGACACACCUCCAAGGAUCAGUGGCCGAUGGACGUGCUUGCUUGGAAGGCUACACGAUGUUUUGCAGGAACCGAAGUGAUUCUUACACAAACUGUCCUGACUUGGCGACAAAACGUGGUGGCGGCGUAGGUAUUUGUGUCAAAAGUCACAUCGCGGCCCAGGAAAAGAAAUACGUUCAGGGUGUGACCGACAUUGAAUUUGUUGUGGUGAAACUUGAAGAUCCCCUCAAUGUGUUGAUUGCUGCCGUUUACAGGCCUCCAGGCAACAGUCUGCGCACUUUUCUGCCAAGCUUGGGAAAUCUCUUGCGGUACCUUGAGGUAAUGGAGCAUCA